AUGCGCGGGAAAGGGCACAAGCGUCUCGCUGCGCGGUCCUUUCAGCAGUGGCAGAAGCUCUACUACAACAUGCUGUGCGACCGUCAGAUGCCCACGCCGUUGUACGCGAUGUUGCGACUCCCCGUGCGUUGUGCGGCACAGCCGUCGCCGUCUACGCCAGCCCCAGCGUCUGUGGAUCUGCAGCUGGCGACGAACAGCAGCUCAGUGCUGCAGUGGUGGCAGUGCGAGUACGAGCCCUUUCUUCUCCCGUGCGAUGCGAGCGCACAAAGGAUGGCCGGCACAACGCCGCCAGCAACGACCACGACGCACGUACUGGCCAGCGCGCGCGUCAGUGCCCACGUUGGCCCACCAGCACCGCCGCUGGGCUACCCUGAGUACAUUGCGAUGGAGGCAAAGCAGUACACGGAAGGUGUCCUGCGCGGUGAGACGUACGCCUACCGGCACACGGAAGCGGCAGGAGCUGCCCCGGCGCCUCCACCCGGUGCGCCGUACAUCUCACCAGUGAAGUGGAUCCAGCAGCCACUGCUAGACGGCUUCGUUGCGCAGCGCCUCACCGCGCACACCGGGGUGACGACCGGCUCGCUCCUCGACGCCCGGCGUACGGCGAUGGCACUCGGUCGUCAGCUGCCGCCCUUCGCGCUCUCGCCAUUCUACGCGGCUAGUGAGUUGCUGGAUCAGUGGUGCCUUUUCGGCGAGACGGCAGCAGUGGUGCCGCCCAUGCCGUCGUCAUCAGGUGCUGUCUUGGAUGGAACGCGGCAAUCGCAGCAGCCGCACGAUCCCGCCGCGCAUCACCUCCGCAUCGCAGAGCUGGCGCUCGGGGCGGCACUUUUGUCGAGCUACCGUGCCGUGUGGCUGAACGGCGCCGUUCUCUCGCACCCUGGCACAGGCCGCUCUGUACUUGUAGUCGGUCCCCGACACAGCGGGAAGACUACGCUGGCGCUGCACUGCCUCUCGGCGGCCGUGAUGCAGGCGUCCGGCAGCGCGAGCGGCGACAGCAGUGUGCGACUGACAGCGGCGGAACACUUCUUCCUCGCAGCUGGAACGCCUGUGCGACGCAUGCUAGACCCUGCCAGCGCGCGGCUCACAUCGCCGACUAUCUUCGCCUGCUCACUGCCGCACCACAUCAGCGUGGGUCUUGGCGCCGUGUUGGGCACCCUGCGGCCGAACCCGGGCUUGGCAGCUGCCGUGGAGCUCCCGGGCUUUCUCCAGUCCGAAGCCGGCCUACGCGCAUUCUUGCGCAACACCGACGGUGUCCUGUGGGACAUGAGCAAGACGUAUCGUCUGCGGCUCGAGGACACCCACACGCCAUCCCCGUACCACACCAGCACGCAGUGGGACCCCGUCGUUGUAAACACCCUGGCAGGAGUAGUGCUUCUCGACUGGAACGUGGAGGAACUCGCCAGCACGUCGCCGACACCAGUGCGCAACGCGGUUCGCGAGAUCCCGUUGCACGACGGCGGCGUGGAAGAGCUCCUGACGCGGGCGCAGGACUACAUGUUUCACGGGCAUCAUCUCCUGCGCUCUGUCUAUGACGCGCCGCAGGACGCGCCUGCACGACUUGAAAACGCGCUCAUGGAUGAGUGGGCCGCGGCGCCGCCCCAGCCCCCCGCCGACGGCACCGCACCAGCCCUGCACUGCAUCGAGGGUUCUGUAAACUUCGACCUCGCCACGCAACUUGUCACGAGCCUCCUCGGCAAACAUGCAUGA